ACUGACCACCAUCUCUUCUCUCUCUUUUUUCUAUUCACCUCUCUCUCUCUCUCUCUCUCUCUCUCUCUCUCUCUCUCUCUCUCUGUGCAACUGUUUCAUAUGUCCGCAAGCUUCCAAAGAACUAGAAUUAAUGGAAAGUGAGAUUUGCAAGGUUUAUUCUCUUCUAGGAUGAAACAGCAGCAAACACAAACCCACAUGGUCAGCUGCAGAACGUUCAUGGGUGCCCCUCUCACAAUCACUACUUCAAAACAUUCCCAUGGCACGUAAACACCAGAUUCAAGAAUCAUUUUCUUUAUUAUUCAUAUUCCAUGGCUCAAGUUUUUGAGACUACCAAGCAAUAUUCCUGCAAUCUCAAGAACAAUCCAAACUUCUAUUAUUUGGGGUCGGUCAAUAGUCCGAACUGACCAUGGUUCCUGCUGCUGCUCAUCAUCAAAACAUAUCCAACCAACAACAACACAAUCUCUACGGCGUUUAUGGUGGUUGUGGUGCCAAUUACACGGCGGAGAUCAGCAGUUUCGGUCUUAUGAGUACUAGUCAAGUUGUAGAAGAAGGUUAUGAGUAUAACUAUUAUUGCAAUAAUAUUGUUACUGAAUCUGAUCAUCAUCAUCUAGCGGGAAUUGAUCCAAUGGCCGAGGAUGAGUCGAGAACUAACAGCGUAAACGAAGCGGGUUCGAGUUCUAGAGAUGCUCCGGAAGAUAACGAAACAUGGCUCCAAUUGACUAUAGGCGGCGGCUCCAACAACAACCAACCUGCGACCGGGGAACAUCCAACCCUCAGAAGCUUACCAAGUAGUACUACUCCUUCUGGUCCCGGAUUGGUUGAACUUGAUCUUGAUCUGUUACCACCAGGCCAUGAUCACGGUGGUUUUUCGUCAUUACGGCAAGUGAGGUCCAUGCCACAUAUGCCUCCAAUGUUUCAUGUUCCUCAACAUGAAAAUAUUCUCCGUGCUCCUCCUUCGAAUCUGUCUUUCAGGCCUCCGUUUAAUUCGAAUUUUUCUUCGAGUAACGCUACGUCUUUAUAUUUCCAGCAACCGGGGCCAGGAAUGAGUAGCUCCUCGUCCGGUUUAUUUCCUCACCAGGAGGUUAACUGGGCAUUUAGGCCAGCAAUCCCUUAUAAUAAUAUAGGGAUGAUGGCUUCUACUUCUUUAUCUUCUUCUGCUUCUUCUUUUAUAGAACUGGGUUCAUCCUAUUUUGCACGCCCAUUCCAUCGUCCUCUUCGUGAAUUUAAUGUCACCGGGCCAAGCUUAGAUUUCAGAGUUGUUGAUGCUCCGAGAAGGCCCCAAUCCGGCAUUUGGUUUACGCUCCAAGCAUCCCAAAAUCAAGCAAAAGAACCUUUCUUGCCCCAGAUACCCAAAAGCUACCUAAGAAUCAAGGAUGGAAAAAUGACAGUUCGGUUGAUAAAGAAGUAUCUGGUUAAUAAGCUGAGACUGGAAAGCGAAUCAGAGGUAGAGAUAACAAUUAGAGGACAGGAGCUUCUACCUUUCUUGACGUUGCAGCAUGUAAGAGAUAACAUCUGGAGUCGAAGGGACGCACUCACUUUGCUUCCAGACUCCUCAACCACUGAUCAUGUCAUGGUACUGCACUAUGCUAGGACGACGACAAUUACGACGACGACUACAACUGCUUGAUUAAAGUUAAAUUAUCUCCUUGAUUGAGAGUUUUUCCUCAUAAUUUGAUCGAUCGAUCGGGUCCCAUGUUGUUGUAUCAUUGUUUAUUCAAUUAUGCAAAACCCUCGGCCCUCUCCUCUUUUUCGCCAUUCUUUUACUCUCUUUUUUUUCUUUUUCUUGCCACUUUUCUUCUAAUUGAUGGAGAAAAUUUACUUAGAAGGGAAAUACCCCCAAAAUCAAUGUGUAUUAUGGUUUUUGGGGUUAAUAACAUUAAUUAACCCAAGUGUAUCUCAAAGCUACAUCGGGAUUAUUGAUAUUUAUUUUUAU